AUGCCCAGCCGCCGGCGGGAGCCGGGAGCGACGAACCCUUGUGUGCCGGGCCGCCUUGCAGUAGGUCGCAGCGAGGGAGCUGCUCUGCUACCUAGGAAACCCGAGCCAGAAGCAGGUUGUCUGCGAAUGGUUAGCACCAGGUUCCCCAUGAAGGGGCAAAAACAAGAAACAUUCAAUUUUUAUGGGUGCAACAGUACUGGCUAUGGAAAAUCCAAUAAAUAUGCUGAGAGUAAUUUUCUUCCCUACAGACCCAAAGCCAGAUUCUCUGUAACAUCUGGAUAA